AUGUCCAAUCGAGAUAUCUUUCUUGGCGCUGCCGGUGCCACUGGGGUUGCCACUUUGGCUUGGAGAAUGUGGUUUCCAUGGUUACGAGAUGACCUGACGACAAUUCGAUCGACAAAUCGACAAGCAUCAAAGAGCAUACGAGAUGCCAAAAACAAACGUUUUCUAAUAGACAUGUUCGAGGAGCAAGUGAAGCGCGUGCCUAAGAAACCAUUUAUAUUUUUUGAGGACAAAAUUUACACUUACGAGUUUGUGAAUGAAAUGGCUAAUAGAGUGGCCAAUCUGGCGUUGACAUGGGGUCUAAAGCCUGGCGAUGCCGUGGCAACCAUUAUCUACAACGAACCGGCGUUUGUGUGGACUCUUCUUGGCCUACUUAAGGUGGGUUUAGUGGACGCCUUCAUCAACUACCAUAACAAGUCCGGUCCACUUUGUCACUCUAUCCUAACCAGCGAGGCCAAGGUCAUCAUUGUAGGCAACGGUCACGAACUCUUUGAGACUGUAGAUGCCAUCAAAUGCAAUCUUCCGAUGGAUAUCCCAAUUUACGUGUAUGGAAAAGGUGGUUCCGAGCUUCCAAGAGGAUAUAUAUCGAUGGAUUCGGAACUUCUAAGAGUUCAUAAUGCUGAGAUUUGCAGGAACGUUCGCUCUGAGUUGACUUUGAAAUCUCUCGUUUGCUACAUCUAUACUUCGGGAACUACAGGUUUACCUAAGCCAGCUCUCGUGAGCCAAGCCAAGGCGAUCGGCUUGUCCAAAUUCUACCAACAAGUGUGGUACAGUGAGGAUGAUAUAGCUUAUGUCGUGACACCAUUGUAUCACAGUGCCGCCUGUGGACAUGGACUCUUCAACACGAUCGACGUUGGUGCAACGAUAGUUCUCCGCCGGAAGUUCUCAGCUCGCCAUUACUGGGAAGACGUUCGGAAAUACCGCGUGACAGUACUGCAAUAUAUCGGGGAGCUUUGUCGGUAUCUCCUCAGAGUUCCAAAAAGUGACAUGGAUGGGGUCCAUACUGUCCGUGUAGCCGUCGGAAAUGGCCUCAGGCCGGAUAUUUGGAAUGAGUACAAGACGCGAUUCCGAAUCCCUUGGAUCGCGGAGUUUUUUGGUGCCACUGAGGGCACGACAACCUUCAUCAACGUCACCGGCCAAGUGGGGUCCAUAGGCCGAUGGUCUCCCUUCAUGCGAAUAGCGUCUAAAGGAAGAUUUGGAGUCACGAGUCACGUCAUCAAGUAUGACGUUGUCAAUGAUUUACCUGUCCGAAACAGCAAAGGAAGAUGUAUUCCAAUCAAAAAAGGAGAAGAAGGUGUUCUUAUUGCCGGAAUCCCGCCCUCGUAUACUGGCUUCUACAAGGGGGAUCCCGAGACUAGCGAGAGGAAACUCAUCCGUGAUGUAUUUGAGGAAGGCGAUAGAUACUUCAACUUCGGCGAUGUAGUUUACAUGGACUCGAACUAUUACAUUUACUUCAGAGACAGGGUCGGAGACACAUUCAGGUGGAAAGGAGAAAACGUUUCCACUAGAGAAGUCUGUGACGUCAUCAGUAAGCUUUCUUUUACACAGGACGUGAAUGUGUACGGAGUGCGCAUGCCAGAUUCUGACGGACGUGCCGGAAUGGCGGCUAUUUCUGUGAAGGGUGAUAAAGAAGUACACCCUGAAAUGCUCCAAGCCAUAUUUCGCAUUUGUGAAAAAGAACUGCCAACGUAUGCACGUCCGUUAUUUUUACGCUUUAAAACGGAACUUGCAAUCACACAAACAAUGAAACACAACAAGCUAAAUUUGGUGAAUGAUGGUUUUGACCUAGAUAAGAUAACAGACCCAUUGUAUUAUCUAGACGCUGAAAAACGCACAUAUUCACCCUUAACCAGGGACGUUUACCAUCAAGUUGUGACGUCACGUUUGUAA